AUGGUUUCAUUCACUGGCUCUUUCUUCUCUACGAUCAUUGUGGCUGCUGUGCUCAGCGUGACUGUUGAGGCCGCCCCUUGGCCACUCCAUGCACGCCAUUCCACUCACCACACCCGAUACAUCGGAAAGAGAAGUCUCAAAGUCGAGAGCUAUCACCCCAAGUCAACCUUUAAAACUUUUGGUGACGACGGUGUUACGAUUCCCUCUGGAAAUUCUCUCGUCGCUUCCGCAAACCCUUUGAAGGACUCUGCAUUCGCUUAUGUUAACUCGUUGGGCAUCAGUUCCGACAAUGUUGCUUGGAGAUCUGGGUUCGAGGCUGGCGCCAACCGCGUUGCUUACCUCAAGCAGUCUAUCAACGGCAUACCCCUAGCCAAUGCCGUCGCCAAUGUCGCCUUCAACGGAGACACCGUUGUCUCCUACGGCUCCUCCUUCGUUGACACGAAGGCUGCGAAGAUUGCGCCAGCCUCACCUACCGUUAGCUGGCGCUCCGUUCUCCCACAGGUUGAGGAGGUGCUGGAGGGAAAGUACAAUGGGUUCAACACGACGCUCGAAUAUCUUGCCCGCGCUGAUGGCUCUGUCGCACUGACUCAUGUCGUGCAGAUCCAGAACGAGGAGACGAAUGCGUGGUACGAGGCAUAUAUUGAUGCGCAUUCAGGGGAAUUGUUGAGUGUGACGGACUUCGUCAAUGAUGCUUCGUACACUGCUCUUCCCUUGACGAAAGUGAGCUUUGAAGAUGGUGUCGAGAACAUCAGAGAUCCUGAAGAUCCAGAGGCGUCCCCUUUCGGAUGGCAUAGCAUCGGGAACGGAAACUCUUCCACCACCUCGGGAAAUAACGUCCUCGCCUUCAAAGACCAAAGAGUUUCUGUACAGACCUCCGCCGGGCUUAACUUCAAUGCCGUUUACGACGACAACAAGCAACCUAUCGAUCCCACAAACGUCAACGCCGCCCGCACCAACGCUUUCUUUGUGGCCAACGCCGUUCAUGACUUUGCGUACCGGUAUGGGUUCACCGAGGCCGCGUUCAAUUUUCAGUUGUCGAAUUUCAACAAGGGCGGGAGGCAGAACGACCGCGUGUUGAUUUCGGUGCAGGAUGCAUCGGGUACGAACAAUGCUAAUUUUGCUACCCCACCCGACGGCCAGUCGGGUAUUUGCCGCAUGUUUAUCUGGAAUCUUACACCUCCAGUCAACCGUGAUGGAUCUUUGGAGAACGACAUCAUCAUCCAUGAGCUCACUCACGGCAUCACUAACCGCAUGACUGGUGGCGGAACUGGCAGAUGUUUACAGACCCUGGAAUCCGGAGGACUCGGUGAAGGAUGGGGAGAUGCCAUGGCGAAUUGGAUGGCACAGAAAUCCGCUCAAACCACCAACUUUGCUGUUGGUGCGUACGUCACCGGCGACGCGCGUGGUAUCCGCUCUGCUCCUUACUCAACCAGCAAGGCCACGAACCCGCUCACCUACGCUAGCCUUCGCAACCUCAACCAGGUACACGAGAUCGGUGAGGUCUGGGCGAACAUGCUUCACAAUGUCUACGCGGCUUUGGUCGCCGAGAAGGGAUUCUCUGCUGACAAGCUGACAAACCCUGACGGGCCCGAGGGAAACAUUGUAUUCAUGCGCUUGUUUAUGGAUGCCCUGUCACUACAGCCUUGUAAUCCUACUUUCAUCGAAGCCCGUGAUGCUUGGCUUCAGGCUGACCAGAACCGCUUCGGAGGCGCGAACAAGUGCACGGUCGCAAGAGCCUUUGCAAGUCGCGGUUUAGGUAUUAGGGCCAGCUCCGCCUUCACCGACGACGCCACUCUCCCGGAUGGAUGCUAG